GUAUUACGUAAUUUCCUUUUGAAAUUUUUGCGAUUCGGAUACACGUGAAAUCUAUCACGCUUCAAUAUAUUAUUGAUUUAUUUCGUAUAUUAAGAAAACAAAUUUUUAAAAAAUGUCAGUAUUUCAUGAUGAAGUCGAAAUUGAAGAUUUUGAGUAUGACGAGUUAACUGAAACCUAUUAUUAUCCUUGCCCAUGUGGAGAUAAAUUUGAAAUUACUAAAGAAGAUCUUGCUAAUGGUGAAGAAAUAGCCACUUGUCCAAGUUGUUCAUUAAUAAUUAAAGUGAUAUAUAAUUUGGAGGAUUUUAUUGAGAAAGAACAAAAUGUUACGACAACAAAGAGAGAACUGGCUAUUGCAUAAUUAAAUUGUUUGACUUUUAUUUAUGAGCUGUGAAUUUGUUGUUGAAAAAUACUUGGUUUUGUUAAUAAAAAUUAUUUGUUGUUAUAAGA